AUGGCGGAUCCGGACCACAUCUACGAGCUCUCGGAGCGCAUUCACUCCAACAUCGAUCACGACAAAAAGGUGGCUGCCUUCCAUGCCCUACAGGAGCACAUAGAUGCCGCCGGCUAUGUUGUCGAAGCCGACUCCAUCACCUCGGCGGUCAAGGUGGCCAUGCGCAGCUCCAACCAGGCCCUGAGCAGCGCCGCCCUCCUCUUCCUCUCGGUCUACAUCUCACUCCUCUACCCGGUCUCGCCCAACCUCGAGCAUCCGGAACCGCAGAACGUCGUCAACCACAACGUGCGCCUGCUAGUCAGCAGCGUCACGCCCAGCGUCAUUGAGAAGCUCGGGGACCAAAAGGAGCGGAUCCGCGAGGCAGCCAGGAACGCACUCGUCGAGCUCGGGCGGGCGGCCUACGGCGUCAGCGGUGCCCAGCUAGCCUCGAGCGGAAAGGGCAAAGAGGUCGAGUCGGCGCUCGGCAUCUUCGAGCGUCUCCUCCGCGAAGGCGGCUUGGCGGCCAAGUUUGCACGGGUCCGCGAGCAGGCCGUGCAGGUUCUGGGGCCCCUGCGUCAGCUGUGCGAGAGGUACCCGGUCCGCCCGCUGCUGCCGUACAUGGUCGACCUCCUGGCCGACGCCGACCCGUCGGUCAGGGAAGCGUCUCGCACGACCAUCGUCGCCCUCUUCAUCAACGCCACAUCAGGGGCCAAGUCGGAGCUGAAGAAGGAGCUCGAGAAGAAGGGCGUGCGCAAGCAGGUCCUUGACGCUGUACUGCGCGAGGUGCUUGCGGGAGGAGGGCCACCAGCAUCGCUACCUUCAGCAGCAGCCGACCCGCCCACACCGAAACCGAUGGGCUUCAUGCCGGUCGACCGAUCCGGGGCGUCGUCCAACGGCGCAUCUGCAUUGCGUUCGUCGCGCGGCCAAGGUGGUCACCCUCCGUCAGCCGCCGUCGACGGCUCUGCAGCAUCAGCAUCGGCAUCGACAUCUACACCUUCGUCGCUGUGGAGCAGGGGGGCGCUGCCGGCAUCCGACGACAUCAAGACUGUAUACGUCGCUUCCCGCAGCGACCUGGAGCGCACCUUCCAAUCCUUCCUGCCCUUCUUCGAAGGCAAGGAGACCGAGCACAACUGGUUACAGCGGGAGCAAAGCACCAUCAAGAUGCGAGGAAUGAUCAAGGCCGGCAUCCCACGCCAGUUCGGCGAAGCGCACUUCGUGACAUGCGUCCGCCUUCUGCAGGAAGGCAUCCUCAAGUCCCUUGCCAGCCUCCGCACCACGCUAUCGAUGCAUGCCGCGGGGCUCCUCGCGGAACUGGCGGUGGCUCUGGGCGACGACCUGGCACCAUGCGUCGAAAGCUUCCUCACAGCGCUGAUGCGCAUGGCGGGCUUCACCAAGAAGAUCAUCGCCAACGCCACGCAGGAGGCCGCCGCUGCCAUCCUCGUCCACGUCUCCUACCGGCAUCUUUACCUCCAGCAGAUCUGGCACGGCCUGCAGGAGAAGAACGUGGCCACCCGCAUCGCCGGCGCUGAUCAUCUCGUCGUCGUGCUGGCCGCCCAUGUGCCGCAGCGCAAGCACAGCAUCGAAUCGCACGGCGGCCUCGACAUCCUCGACAAGUGCUUCCGCCGCGGCCUGUGCGAUCAGAAUCCAGAGGUGCGGUCCAAGUCCCGCGAGGCCUUUUGGAAGUUCUUCGCGGUGUGGAACGCCGAGGCAAAGUCGCUGCUCAAUGCUCUCGAUACGACAGCAAAGAAGCAGGUGAUGGCGUCGGCACCCCCAGGACUUGAUCUGGAAGCGGCGAUCGAGGUCAAGCCGAAGGGAUCAGGCAUCCCCACUCGGAGACCUGGAGGACCGUCGAGCGCCAUCUUGGCCGCCAAGCGAGCUGCCUCGGCGAAAGCGGCGCAGGAGCGGGAGAGGCAGAUGGCUGAAGAGGCCGCAGCUGCUCACGAGGCGCGGUUAGCGGCUGCUGCUGCGGCUUCAGCCUUGCCGGCCACGUCCGAGGCGACGAGACAACCGCCGUCGCAGCGAAUCGCCGUCCCGCUCGAAGGCACGCCUCGGGCGAGACGAGUCGUUAGCGGGCUCAGUCGUUCCACGAACCUCUCUCACCAGCCCAACGGCAUCGCCAUGAGCCCCAGCGGCAGCCUGGUGAGGGCCGAGGCAGCGCAAGUUCCGCUGCCCACGAGCCCGCCCGGCUCUUCAGCCUCGACGCCACGGCCAAGGACCAUCAGCAUCGUCUCUCAGCCUUCGUCCAAUGGGUCCAGCUCCGGACCAAGGUCGCCGACCGCCUACGUGUCGCCGCGUGCUCCCGCCAGCCUGCAAUCGCUGCGGCAGAGGGCGAUCUCGACCUCGUCCAACGGCAGUGGACCCGCGCAAAUGACGCCGUCGGCGAGCUCGAACGGCUCCGGCCAGCGCAGGCACAUGCAGCCGAGCGAGGAGGAAGAAGAUGAAGACCUCGACGACAGCCGUGACAGCGUUGGCGCCGAUGUGGACGAUGACGAUGACGAAGGAGACGUGACGCAGCGCAUUGCCAGCGGCGGGGGGGACGAGGACGAGACGAUGCAGCUACCCGCCCCAGCGGACGUUUCAGUCGACCUGAUGAACUUCGACAGCCCGUUCAAGCUGCCUGGCCGCUCCCUGCCGGGUCAGGGCACGGGCACCGCAGGCGCCUACGGCCUCGGAGACGACAGCAUGGCCUUCAUGGACACGCCUAUGGCCAGACCUGCGUCACGACGUCCGGCACCUUCCCAGCCGCAAGGGCCGCCGAGCCGCAGCGUGUCCGCAACGCAGCUUCCGUUAGAGCCGCACUCCCCAACGGUCUCAUCGUCACCUAGCACGCCAGGGACAGCCAAGAGGCGGUCCGGUUUGCCGCGGCCGGCCUCGAUGUUCCAUCGCGGGCCCAGCCCGCUGUCGAACCGCACGUCGAGCCAGGACCAGCAGGCGUCCAGCAGCGAAGCGGGCGAUAGCGUCGACACGGUCCACCGUCAGCACCGGGCCAGCAAGUCGGUCGACAUGCUCGCAGCAUCACCGGCGGCAGCCGCGCCGGUCUCGCCAUCGAGCAAGGAGAACCGUCCGCUCGGGCCAGCUGAGACAGUGACAGCACCAGAGACGACAACGACCGACCGACCGCACAAGUGGUUCCUCAGCCGUGCCGCGCGGCUCGAGAGCGCCGCUACAACCAUGUCGCCGGCCAAGUCGAAGCCCGAGAGCGCCGAAUGGAUCGCGGCGCUCGCCAGCGGACAGGCAGAUCGGCGCAUCUUCCAGCGGUUGCUGCGCCUCAGCUCCGACUUCAAGGUGCCGCGUCGCGCAGUGUCGAGCGCCGAGGCAGCCGAGGACGAACCGGUGCUGCGGCCAGGACGCCUGCCCGCCUCGUCCUCUGCCGGUGGCGGCGGCGCCCAGGGGUUGGCCAAGAUGGGCGAAGCCGAGGAGUCGGUCCACGGCUCCUCCAGCUCUGGUGGCCGUGCCGCCGCUCGUUCCGGCAGCGACACCGACCUCGCGGUGGAGCUGUGGCAGGACAAUGAGCUGUUCACGCGGCUCCUCUCUGCGCUGUUUGCCUUUGUCCUCUCGACGCCGGCGUCCGAGCUGCAGGUGGCGGGUCUGGUGGUGCUUCACCGUCUCAUUGAGAACCAGCAGCCGCUGUUCGUUGCAUGCUCCAAGGAGACGGAGCUCCUCGACCUGUGCUUUACGCUGCGGCAGCGCAACGCCAAGCCCAACUGGAAGGGCAUGACGGCGUGCCUGGCCGUCCUGUCUGCGUGGGCGUCGUCGACGGACCCCCUGCUGGGCUACUCGGCCACGGCAUCCUGCACCGCACAUCAUCUCACCUCGUCUUCCUCGCCCUCCUCGUCGGCGUCGUCGACGGCCCGCCCAUCUGCCGAGGAAGGCGUGUACAUCCUGGGUCUUUCGACGCUCAAGACGCUGACCGAGAGGCUUCCCGCCGAGCUGAUCGAGGACAUGCUGCCGACGGUCGCAUCGUUGCUUCACGACGCCAUUCAUCAUGCCGACCCGGGCGUGCGGCAGGCUGCCGUCGAGGUCCUGACGGCUGCCAACCGACAGCUAAAAGGCGAGUACGCCGUCAUCUUUGACAUCCUCGCCAAGGCGGGAGAGGUGCAGAGGGACAAGAUGGACCUUCUCGUGUACUACUUCCACAAGAACGCAGCCCUCUCGACCUAG